ACACUAAUCACUUUUUCGUCGCACUUCGCAGCGCCAACACAUCAGCCAUGUCUGUCACCGGCACCUUCGUCCUCAGCUCCAACGAGAACUACGAAGCUUGGCUUCAGGCCGCUGGUAUCCCCGCUGACACUGCCACGAGGUUGGCGGCCGCUAAGCCCACCCUCGAGGUGACCAAGGGAGACAACACCGUUACGGUGAAGACCACGUCAGGUGACAAGGUCUUCUCCAACACCGUCACCUACGGCCAGGACUCCGAGGCUGACAUCGCUGGUCUUAAAUACUUCGUGAACGCGGAGCCUACCAGCAACGGCUACAAGGGGACCAUCAAGCUCGGGUCCAAGACCGGCACCAUCAGCGUCGAGAACAACGCUACUGGCUUCGUUCAGACGACGACGAUCGAGGGUGUCACCGCGAAGCGCUUCUACACCAAGCAGUGAUCGCUCAACAGGCUUCACGCUCCUGGACUUCCAUCAAUAGAACUAAAAGUGAUUCCCAUCUCAAGAUUUUAUUAGUAAUGGGACAGUAGAAAUUCAUCAAUACUUUCAUAAAAAGAUAACAAAA